AGAUGAUGCGCACCUGGCAUGCGCAGAGAGCGUCUGUUUGAUUAAGCAUAAAUUUUCGCUGUUUAAUUGGGCUUCUUAUUUUAAUAAAAUCAUUUUCGCCAAGACUGCAAGUUAGAAAUUAUGACAAGAUCUCUCUGCAAUCAGAAAUGGAUAAUUUUAAACAGCGAUCGGCAGUAAAUCUGACUGUUUAAUUAAUUAUUUUAUUUAUUUGAAAAUUUUCAAAGGUGAGUCUACUCAUUUUCCUUAGCUCUAACAUUAAUUAACGCUUAUUUGCCGAAUUCAAAAGCUCUACUUAUUGCUUGCAGGAGUAGAUAUUUUGACAAUUAAUGAUUGACUAUUACUGUCGCUAAACUGAUGAGAUUAUAGUUUGUCAGAAGCAACGUGCAGCAUCUGUCAAAUCUGUAAUCAAUUGCGUUAUUACGCUUAUCAAGUAUUUACUAAUUAACAAAAUUUAUAGUAAAUAUUAAGAUUUACACGUUUAAAAUAUAUUUGUAUAAAAGAUAUGGAAGGUAAAGCGGCAAAAAAUAAUAUUUAGGGCUUUCAAUCUAAAAUCUAGAUUGUUAAAAUUUAAGGAUUCUGCAAUCGCGAGUUUGCUCCUCGUCUUUCUUAUUAGAAUAAAUAAAAAAUAUUUAAACAUAAAAAAUGAAGUUAUACGUUGCUAAGUAGUAGGCCUUCUCCAGGUCAUCAUGAGCAACGUUCGCAAACCGAGUAGUUGCGCUGGCGCUGGUGCGGGUGAUUCGGCCAGUCCUCCUCCAAGUCCUUCUCCAGAAGAAUCUGAUGCUCUAACAGCAAAUUUCGAAGCUAGUAGGGGAUCAUCCCCUCUUCCCACUGAGUACUUCAAGAAGAAAGAUAGUUCGGCGUCCAUUAAUAUGGAAGGUAGUAGUGGUGGUUUAGAUAAAAAUCGUAAAGUUUACGUCACUCAACCUGGUCAUCAUAAGCCAAAACCUACUGGACCUUCUGGUAAAGCGUCGAAAGAUAAGAAUAAAGCGGAUAUAGCUAAAGAAAUACAUAAAUGUAAAGAAGAGAACGCUUAUCGUCUUGAUUUAUCUAAACAGCAGUUAUCCGUUUUGCCAACAAGCGUUAAGGACCUUACGCAAAUUUGCGAAUUGUAUCUUUACGGCAACAAAUUGGCGUGUCUACCCCCAGAAAUUGGGGUACUUCAACAACUCAAGACUUUAGCUCUUAGCGAGAACUCCCUGACGAGUUUACCUGAGACGCUAGCGAGUUUACACUCCAUUCGUGUCCUGGAUCUAAGGCACAAUAAAUUGACUGAAAUUCCGGAGGUCGUUUACAAACUAACGUCACUUUGCACACUUUUCCUUAGAUUCAAUCGUAUCCGCUUUGUCGGCGAUGAAAUAUCUAAAUUGACGAAACUGGGGAUGCUUAGUCUAAGAGAGAACAAGAUUAAGCAGCUGCCCACAGGCAUAGGUUGCCUCGUUAAAUUAGUCACCUUUGAUGCUUCUCAUAACCAGUUAGAGCAUAUACCUGAAGAAAUUGGACGAUGUACUUUACUCUCCUCCCUCGAACUUCAGCACAACGAACUUAUCGAUUUGCCAGAAUCGAUAGGUAACCUCGUUCAACUAACACGUUUGGGCUUAAAAUAUAACCAAUUGCGGGAUAUACCUCGUACACUAUCUAACUGCAAUCAAUUAGAAGAGUUCAAUGUUGAAGGAAACAUUAUACCUCAAUUGCCCGAAGGUUUAUUAUCUAGUCUGACCAGAGUAACUAGUAUUACUCUAUCGCGGAAUGCAUUUGGCUCGUAUCCGGUUGGAGGACCUUCACAAUUUUGUUCGGCAGUCAAUAUAAAUAUGGAGCAUAAUCAAAUCAACAAGAUACCUUUUGCCAUCUUUUCGCAAGCAACUUAUCUAUCUAAAUUAAAUAUGAAAGACAACAAACUGACGUCAUUACCAUUAGACAUGGGCCACUGGACUAAUAUGACAGAAUUAAACCUGGGAACAAAUCAUUUAAACAAGAUACCUGAUGAUAUAAAGCAUCUACAAUCGCUAGAAGUUCUCGUACUUUCGAACAAUUGCCUGCAACGAUUACCAGUAUCAAUCGGCCAUCUGCAUAAGUUACGAGUUCUUGAUCUCGAAGAGAACAAGCUGGAGGUGCUGCCAGAUGAGAUUGGUCACUUGACUUCAUUGACCAAUCUCGUCGUUCAAUCUAAUCAGCUAACUCAACUACCAAGGGCUAUAGGACAGUUGCAUAAUUUAACAUACUUAUCAGCAGGAGAAAACGGAUUGCAUUCUUUACCGGAAGAAAUCGGCAAUCUCGAUUCUCUGGAAUCGUUAUACAUCAACGAUAAUCCGAACCUUCAUCAAUUGCCGUUCGAGUUGGCACUCUGUUCAAAUCUGAUAAUAAUGAGCAUAGAGAAUUGCCCAUUAUCUACCAUUCCAACAGAGAUUGUAGCUUCUGGACCGUCGCUUAUCAUUCAAUAUUUAAAGCUACAAGGUCCCUACACAGCUGGAAGGCAUUAA